CGGUCGAAAGAAUCCAUCCUUCGGGUGCCUCGGGCUGUGCCCGCGGAGCAGUGCACGGUGAGCCCUCCGGGCGGACCACGGCGCACGAAGGGCGAGGGCCCCGGGGCGACUCAGCCCUCGAAGGGCAGCGCAGCGUCUGCGCCGGGAUCCCGCCGAGCGUCCCGGCGAUGCUCCACCGGGUAG